AUGGCAAUCGAACUUCACACCCCUAUUGCUAAUAGCAAGGAGCGAAUUUCGGGUCGACAGAAGGCACAGGACGAGGCGGGCUCCGAGACUGUCAAGCCGACUGAGUUGUUCAAAAAGUACUUCGGUGGCAUCUGGGUGAAGAUCAUUAACAAAACCCAAUUCCAACUCAGCUAUGUGCCCGGCGACCUGAACUACGGGGAGAUGAUCAGUGGCCCGCCCGCCGCCGAUGCAUGGAACACCGGAGCCUUCGGCGUUGGAGGCAAUACAUUCCUCGGUGUGGGUGUGAGACCGAAGGGUGGAAUACAGAUGCGCCUGAAGCUGGACGAUGGUCACAAUUUUGACUUUACCCUCGGACUCUCAUCGGCACUGAUGGGUAACUACAAUGCGGCUUUGGUCAAAGGCCACGACCGCGACGCUGCCGUCAGGGCGCUGAACACAGCUGGUGGUAAUAUCUCAUCCGACCAGUACGACGGAGUCACAGGCGAUAACAAGCAUACGAAGACUCAGUUCUUUAUCAAAGUCGUCACCACGCCCGGCUACGAGAUGAGUCUGGCGAUCUCCCAGGAGGAGUGA